AUGACUACAAUGAUAAUACCAGAUGAUUCAUUUAUAAGUGAUGAUGAAGAAGAAUAUUGCCCAUUAUGUGUUGAAGAAAUGGAUAUCUCAGAUAAAAACUUUAAACCAUGUCCAUGUGGUUAUCAAAUUUGUCAAUUCUGUUAUAAUAAUAUUCGUCAAAAUCCAGAAUUAAAUGGAAGAUGUCCAGGGUGUAGAAGAUUAUAUGAUGAUGAAAGUGUUGAGUAUAAAACAGUUUCUGCAGAAGAAUAUAAGGUAUUACAUUCAAAGAAAGAGAAAAGAGAACGUGAAAAGAAACAAAGAGAAAAAGAAAAGAAAGAACUGGAUAUGGCAAAUAAAAAACAUUUAGCCGGAUUAAGAGUGGUUCAAAAAAAUUUAGUUUAUGUAACAGGAUUAAAUCCUCCAUGUAAUCCAGAAGAAUUACAUUCAAUCUUAAGAUCAGAUAAAUAUUUUGGACAAUAUGGUAAAAUUUCAAAAAUAGUUAUCAACAAGAAAACACCUAAUCCUGCAACUGCAACUCAUCAUCAUCAUCAAAAUUCUGGUUUGGUUGUUUAUGUGACAUUUGCAAGAAAAGAAGAUGCAUUAAAUUGUAUAACAGAAUUGGAUGGUUCAUUAUGUGAUGGAAGAGUGUUAAGAGCAGCUCAUGGUACUACAAAAUAUUGUUCUUCAUAUUUAAGAGGUCAUCCUUGUCCAAAUCCAAAUUGUAUGUUUUUACAUGAACCAGGAGAAGAAGCAGAUUCUUUUACAAGAAAAGAUUUAUCAACUCAACAAGGUAUUAAAAUGGGAAUGACUUCAAGACAACAUACAACAUCAUUUGGAGAAAGUUCAUAUAUACCAAAUCACCAACUUAAUGAAAUGACAGAUGAAGAUGUACAUAAUUUUAAUCAACAACAUGCACAAUCACAAGUACAACAACCACCUCCUCCGCCACAACAGGAAGGUAGUAAAGAACACUUACCAGCCACAGCUCAUUGGGCCAAUCUUCAAUCAACAGCCCCAACCACUACAAACCCCACAACCAACACCAUAAAUAAUAUACCAUUAGCAAAUUCAGCAGCAUUCCCAACAUUAGGGGAAAUAGCAAGAGAUCACAAGCAACAACAAAGAAAAGAAUUAAAAACAAGAGUAUCAAGUGUUAAAAUCACAAAAGUUCCAAGUCAUGUUUUACCAGAAGAUAUAGAUAUAGAUGAUAAUUCACCAAUACCUUUCAUUGAACUGAUUACAGCAGAAUUGAAAUCAUUAGAUGAUAUAAAACACAUCAAGUUCAAAAAAUUAGAACCAGGAUUACCUUUAUUUUCCUUUAAGGGAAAUUUUACCACAGAAACAAAACCGGAAGAUGAAAAAAUGUUGGCACGUCAAGUUAUUGAAAAAUUUUUAAUUAGACCAGUUAAAAAUUAUCAUUUAGCUUAUCAAAAUCAUCCUAUAAUGCAACAACAAUCAUUAUUACAACGUCAACAACAAGCUCAACAAGUUCACCAACAACAAACUCCUAUAAUCCCAGUAGCUCAAUUACAAAAAUCAGAAGAACAACAAGCAUUAUUAAAUCAAUUACGUCAACAACAGAUUCAACAACAGCAACAGCAACAAUUGAAUAUGGUUAAAUCAGUAGAUCGUGCUGCUACAUCAACUCCACCACCACCAGGACUCUUUAAUAAAACACCAGCAAUGUCAAAUGACAUUCCUAUAAACUCACAACGUCCAUCAUCACAAUUAUUAACACAGUUAAUGAGUAAAAAAUAG